UUUUCUUUUUACAUCUUAAUUUCUAAUAUUUCAAAGCAAAAAAAAAUAAAAAUAAAAAUUAAUAAUGGCAGGAAAUAAUGAAGAAUGGAGAAAAAUGGCAGAUACACACAAAAUGAGUCCAGAAGAAGUGAAAAAAGCUGGUGUUGAAUCCUCUAGGAGACCACCAGGCCACAAUCCAGGUACGAUACUACAUCAACGAGGGCGUUUGCCUUAUAGCAUUACAACAAUGACUAUCGUCGGUUUAGGUAUCGCGGGUGCGAUUUGGUACGGUACUAUGUACGCGAUGAAGAAACCGGAAGCUUCCGCCGUCGACGUUGCCAAGGUGGCCACCGGAGUUGGCGGCCCUAAAGAUACUCAUCCUCGCAAGUAGACUCAUAAAAGAGAAAUAUUUACUAUAAUAGUAUUAUUUACUUAAAUUUUCUCAACUUAUAACCCUUUUUAAUAACUUUCAUUCAAAACAUUUCGUUUUGAAUUUUACUAUAAUUUAUGUUUGGAAAUGUUUGUAAUUUAUUUUACUGUCACUUUAGAUUUA